AUGGAGCACGAUGAGACCGGAUGUCAGGCCCCCGAAGGUCCAACCCUGUGCGUCAACAACUGCGGUUUCUUCGGAAGCGCCGCCACCAUGAACAUGUGCUCCAAGUGCCACAGGGACAUGGUGCUGAAGCAGGAGCAGGCCAAGCUCGCCGCCUCAUCGAUCGAGAACAUUGUGAACCGCGCCAGCAGCAGCAUGAAAGAUCCCAUAAUCACCGGAAAAGUCAACCUCGAGAUCCCUCCGGCAGCGGCCACCGUCGCUUCCCCGCUAUCUGAUGCUCCGGCCUCGAGCGACUCCGGCGAGGCGAAGGUGAGGGAAGGUCCCAGCAGGUGCGGCACCUGCAGGAAACGAGUAGGAUUGACGGGUUUCCAGUGUCGCUGUGGGAACAUCUUCUGUGCCCUUCACCGCUACUCCGACAAACACGCCUGCCAAUUCGAUUACCGGGGAGCUGGUCGUGAUGCCAUCGUCAAGGCCAAUCCAGUGGUGAAAGCAGAGAAGCUCGAUAAGAUCUGA